AGCUCAGGAAAGAAGCAGAUGAUAUGGCAGCUUUGGGCUCGACCAGGUGGAACUUGCUUUGUUAAUACGGCUAAAUCUUUAAAUAUGAGAACACUGUGACUCAGAGACGGUGUCAGGGCAGUUGCUCGAAAUGAUUUACUUAAUACUGAUCUCUGCGUUCUCCGGAGCAGUCGUUACGUUGAUAUUACAGUUCUUGCUGAUAUACCGGAGGAGCUCUGAGCCCAUAGGCAGGGCAGUGCAGUAUGUCAAAGUAGUGCCUGAUAACGCACUGAAGGAUUACUUAAAUACCAAACAUGCCGAGCCAGGACAACAGCAGCAGGACAGCGCAGCAUCUGCUGCACCUAAACAGCAAGAUGCCGCCUCAACUAGGCAGCAGGACGCGGCUGUCAACAGCGGCAGCCCCAAACAACAGCCGCCACCGCCUCCACAAAGCGAGUCCAUUGAUGCGACCAAACCUGAAACGUGCAAUUUCCUAAAUGCUAUAUUUUUGUUCCUAUUCAGAGAGCUCCGUGAUACCCCAGUUGUUAGACACUGGCUCACCAAAAAGAUCAAGGUGGAGUUUGAGGAGCUGCUGCAGACCAAGACAGCAGGUCGGCUCCUGGAGGGACUCAGUCUCAGGGAUAUUUCCCUAGGCAAUUCUCUGCCGGUCUUUAAAACGGCCACACUUAUGAAGCCGGUACAUUUGAACGAGGACGGAGUGCCAGAAGAACUCAACUUUGAGGUGGACAUCGAAUACAACGGCGGCUUUCACCUCGCCAUCGACGUCGAGCUCGUGUUUGGGAAGUCUGCCUACCUGUUCGUUAAGAUGAGGCGUGUAGUGGGUAGGCUGAGGCUGCAGUUCACCCGCAUGCCCUUCUCCCAUUGGUCCUUCUCCUUCCUGGAGGACCCCCUGGUGGAUUUUGAGGUGAAGUCGCAGUUUGAAGGAAGACCGCUGCCUCAGCUCACCUCCAUCAUAGUGAACCAGUUGAAACGGGUGAUCAAAAAGAAACACACCUUACCUAACUACAAAAUCAGAUACAAGCCCUUCUUCCCGUUCCAAGUGCAGUCUUCGCUGGGUUCGGCUUGUGAUUUGGACCUGUCAGUCCAGGACAGCAGGCUGGUGGAAGGCCGACUCAAAGUCACCCUCAUUGAAUGUAGCAGACUGUUCAUCCUGGGCUCCUAUGACAGAGAAGCCUACGUUCACUGCACCCUGGAGCUGAGCAGCCACCAGUGGAAGGAGAAGACUCGGAGCUCCAUCAAACGGGUGGGUUCUCUUCUCCUUUAA